GUAUACAACGCAUCCGACAUCAACUAUUCUGCUGGUCGAUAUAACCCUUCCGCGAAGGUCCCCUUCGAUGCCGGUUUUGAAGGCAUCGGUGAGGUGGUGGCCUCAGGCCUUUCUGCCAGUGCCAGCUACACACUUGGCCAAGCUGUGGCUUACAUGGCACCUGGCUCUUUAGCUGAGCAUACAGUUGUGCCAGCCAACAUUGAGCCCGUGCCCUCUGUGAAGCCUGCGUACCUGGCCCUGCUGGUCGGCAGCGCCACUGCAUACCUCAGCCUGGAGGAGCUUGGCUAGCUGUCUGAAGGGAAGAAAGUUUUGGUGACAGCUGCUGCUGGGGGGACAGGCCGGUUUGCCGUGCAGCGUUCAAGGAGGGCAAAAUGCCACGUAAUCGGAACCUGUUCUUCUGACACAAAGUGUGUUUUCCUGAAGUCUCUCGGCUGUGAUUGCCCCAUCAACCAUACGAAGGAGGGUGUAGGUGCGGUCCUUCGGCGAGAGCACCCUUGAGGUGCGGAUGUGGUCUAUGAGUCUGUGGGGGGGGCCCUGUUUGACUUGGUGGUGGAUGCAUUGGCCACCAAAGGGCACUUGAUCAUCAUUGGGUUUGUCUCUGGCUACCAAGCUCCUACUGGCCUUUCACCUGUGAAAGCAGACACGCUGCCAGCCAGACUGCUGAAAAAAUCGGCCAGUGUCCGGGGCUUCUUCCUCAACCAUCAUUACCUUUCUAAGUAUCAGGCAGCCAUGGACCACUUGCUCGAGAUGUAUGAGCGUGGAGAACUGGUGUGUGAGGUGGACGUUGGAGUGCAGUCUCCAGAGGGCACAUUUACGGGCUUGGAGUCUGUAUUCCGCGCCAUAGAUUAUAUGUACACGGGAAAAAACACUGGAAAAAUGGUCGUUGAAUUACCUCACUCUGUCAACAGUAAGCUGUAA